CAGUGUCUUCUGCCUUCUGCGCAGUUGCUAUCACGUGAUAUGCUCAACGUCACUUCCUGUCUCUCUUUCUCUCUCCUUCAUCCGAGCUCCGACAUUUUGGAAUCUGUUCUUGUUGAAUUGCGUGUAUUUUACUUGGAUAAUAGGAACCAUGUCAUUCCGCGACAGAGAUAGGAGCCGGGGUAGAUUUUCUGGUGGUGGCGGACGCGAUGACCGCCGUGGAGGCGGUGGAGGCGGCUUUGGGAGAAGUUUCGGAGGCGGCGGUGGAAACAAAAACAAACAGCCCGGAGAGCGGCUCAGGAAGCCACGUUGGGACCUUGAAACCCUGAUGCCUUUCAGGAAGGACUUCUACGCACCUCAUCCCAACGUUCUAAAUAGAACUUCUUAUGACGUCGAACAAUACCGAAAUACCAAGGAAGUUACCGUGAAAGGUCGCGCUGUGCCCUUCCCCAACAUGUAUUUUGAAGAGGGCAACUUCCCUGAUUACGUCCUGGACGAGGUGAGGAGGCAGGGAUUCACUGAGCCCACUUCCAUCCAGGCCCAAGGUUGGCCGAUCGCCAUGAGCGGCCGGGACAUGGUUGGCAUCGCCCAAACUGGCUCUGGAAAAACCCUGGCCUACAUUCUCCCUGCAAUCGUCCACAUCAACAACCAGCCCCGUCUGGCCAGGGGAGAUGGACCCAUAGCCCUUGUCCUCGCGCCCACCAGAGAAUUGGCCCAGCAAAUCCAGCAAGUGGCACACGAAUUCGGAACAACCUCUCGCGUUCGCAACACGUGCGUUUUUGGAGGAGCUCCUAAGGGACCUCAGGCUCGAGAUUUGGAAAGGGGAGUGGAAAUUGUAAUUGCCACCCCGGGUCGUCUGAUCGAUUUCCUGGAGUGCGGCAAGACCAACCUGCGCCGCUGCACAUACCUUGUAUUGGAUGAAGCUGACAGGAUGCUUGACAUGGGCUUUGAGCCGCAGAUUCGCAAAAUCGUUGAGCAAAUCCGGCCCGACCGCCAGACCCUCAUGUGGUCGGCAACGUGGCCCAAGGAAGUGAGGACCCUCGCUGAGGAGUUCCUCAAGGAUUACAUCCAGGUCAACAUUGGCUCAUUGCAGUUGUCUGCCAACCACAACAUUUUGCAGAUUAUUGACGUUUGCCAGGAGUUCGAAAAGCAGAGGAAGUUGUUGCAACUUCUCUCUGAAAUUGGGGCUGAGAAGGAAAACAAAACCAUUGUGUUUGUGGAGACAAAACGCAAAGUAGAUGAGAUCACCCGCAGCAUUCAGCGUGACGGCUGGAACGCGAGUGGCAUUCACGGAGACAAGUCUCAAAACGAGCGAGAUUGGGUUCUUGCAGAUUUCCGUUCUGGUAAAAUCAACAUAUUGAUAGCAACUGACGUUGCUGCCCGUGGGCUUGACGUGGAAGACGUGAAGUUUGUUAUCAAUUACGACUUCCCCAACUGCUCUGAAGAUUACAUCCAUCGAAUCGGGCGUACUGGUCGCUCGGACAAAACAGGCACAGCAUACGCCUUUUUCACACCCAACAACUCAAAGCAAGCCAACGAUCUGAUUUCCGUCCUCAGGGAAGCAAACCAAGUCAUCAACCCAAAGCUCUAUGAGAUGGCCAGUAUGAGCAAAGGAAUGGGUCGCAGUCGAUGGGGUGGCGGCGGUGGCCGUGGCGGAGACCGCUCUGGUCGUGGCAGGGGCGGCGGCGGAGGUGGUCGCUGGAGGGACAGCUCACGCGACCGUAACAUGAACCGCGGCGGUGACAGAGGCAGGCCCAACGGAUCGUCCGGCAUGGGCUCGAGGAGCGGUCCAGGAGGCCCUCCUCCUCUGAUGCCGCAGGCCAACGGCAACAGCGGCACAUCCAACGGAGGCAGCAGUAGUUAUUACAACGGCACAUCGUACUCGGCUCGCAACGGAUUCAAUGAUGGAUAUUAAGAGGUGUAAUUUACUUUCGAUGAUCAAGGAAAUUGUCACAGUUCAAACAGAGAAACAAACACUAUAUUUAAAUGAUGUACGGUAUUUUUUAGUCGUCAUCCUCUUUCUCUCUCUAUCAUUCCCAUCUGUGUUUACUAAUAUAUUGCGUGUGCUGCAAGAUUAGUGCGUUCUCUCGGAAGUUCAUCAUAAUCGUACAUAAUGAGAUGUUUGGCCGUCACGUUGGUUGGUUGGCUCCUUUUUAGCCUUUGUCUUUAUUUAAAAUGCACAAAAUUACUUACUGGAAAAUAAAACGUCUAGUAUAUCACCAAAUUAA